AUGAGCACCCAACCUUCAUCCGAUGGAUACUAUGACCUCGGGUCCUUCCAUCGUCCAGUGAGCACUACAAGCAAGGACGCUCAAGUGUGGUUCAAUCGUGGUCUUGUCUGGAGCUAUGGCUUCAACCAUGAAGAGGCGGCAGAAUGCUUCCAAAAAGCCAGCGUCCUCGACCCUGACUGUGCCAUGGCUUACUGGGGUCUCGCGUACGCUCUCGGACCCAACUAUAACAAGCCAUGGGAAUUCUUCGACGGCGAGGAACUCGAAUCUACGGUAUCUCGAACCCAUUCUGCCGUCGAGCAAGCCAGAUCGAGAGCUAUGACUAGAACUACACCGGUCGAGAAGGCACUCGUUGACGCGCUCGAGUUCCGGUAUCCGCAAGCAGAAGCAGCUACCGACUGCUCGAUAUGGAACGAACCAUACGCCGACGCCAUGGGCGCCGUGUAUGCUCAUUAUCCAAACGAUCUCGAUGUGGCAACUCUCUAUGCCGACGCGCUGAUGAACCUGACGCCCUGGAAACUGUGGGAUUUGCACACCGGUCAGCCUGCUCCUGGGGCCCGCACUCUUGAAGCAAAGGCUGUCCUCGAUCGAGCAUUGGCCCAACCUGGCGGUCUGCAGCACCCAGGUCUCCUACAUCUUUACAUACAUUUGAUGGAGAUGUCAGAUUGUCCUGAGAAGGCUCUUCCUAUAGCAGACCGUCUAAGAGGACUAGUGCCAGACGCCGGCCAUCUACAACAUAUGCCUACACACCUCGACAUACUAUGCGGCGACUAUAGCCGGGCCAUAUCGUCCAACAUGGACGCCAUCCGUGCAGACGAGAGGUUUCUGGCCCGUGCCGGUCCGUUGAAGUUCUACACCCUCUAUCGAUCGCACGAUUAUCAUUUCCGUCUCUACGCCGCCAUGUUUGCAGGUGAAUCCCAAGUGGCCCUGGAGACCGUCGACUGGCUGGAGGCCUCUAUCCCCGAAGACUUGCUCAGAGUGCAAUCGCCGCCAAUGGCGGACUGGCUGGAAGCGUUUCUGGGUAUGCGUGUGCACGUGUUGAUCCGCUUUGGUCGAUGGCAGGAUAUCCUUGACCUGAAGGUGCCCCGUGAUCGAGAACUGUACUGCGUGACCACGGCACUGAUGCACUACGCCAAGGGCGUCGCAUGGGCUGCCACGGGAAGAGUGGAAGAAGCGGAAGAAGAGCGCAACAAGUUUCGAGACGCUCUGACGCGCGUCAAGUCAACACGCACACUUUUCAACAAUUCCUGUGUAGAUAUUCUGGCGAUCGCGAACUCGAUGCUGGACGGUGAACUGGAAUACCGCCGUGGAAAUGUUGAGGUCGCUUUCGCUCAUCUCCAACGGGCUAGUGCUUUGGAUGGUUCCUUGCCCUAUGAUGAACCCUGGGGCUGGAUGCAGCCGCCCCGUCAUGCGUAUGGUGCGCUUCUCCUCGAGCAGGGCCGUGCUGAACAGGCGUUGGCGGUGUAUAGUGCUGAUUUGGGGUUCGACGAUACACUGCCACGCGCCCUGCGGCAUCCUAACAAUGUCUGGGCGCUGCAUGGCUACGAAGAGUGUUUGAGGAGACUAGGUCGGACUGCCGAGGCUGAGAGGGUCAAGCCGCAGUUGGACAAGGCAUUGAAGGCGGCCGACGUCGCUAUAAAGUCUUCCUGUUUUUGCCGCGCUGUUAACGAAACGUAG